AUGGUUGAAGAUCCACCGUCGUUGGAGUUAAAAGAACCCCCACCGCAUCUCGAAUAUGCAUUUCUAGACGAGGAAUGUCACUUACCAAUCAUCAUUUCAGCAUCUUUAGCAAAAGAGGAAAAGAGACAGCUUCUCGAAGUUCUAAAGCUCCACAAGAAGGCCAUGGCGUGGAAGAUUAUGGAUAUCAAAGGCAUUAAUCCUUCUUUUUGUACUCAUAAGAUUCUAAUGGAGGACGACUACAAGCCAAGUGCACAGCAUCAAAGGCGUUUGAAUCCAAAUAUGCAAGACGUUGUAAAGAAAGAAGUAAUCAAGUUGUUAGAUGCAUGGCUGAUUUAUCCUAUAUGUGAUUCUAUUUGGGUAAGUCCAGUGCAAGUAGUACCCAAGAAAGGUGGUAUUAUUGUAGUUCCAAACGAUAGGAAUGAACUUAUUCCUACCCGUACCAUCACCGGAUGGCGAGUUUGCAUCGAUUAUCGCAAGCUCAAUGAUGCCACCCGUAAGGACCACUUCUCGCUUCCAUUCAUUGAUCAAAUGUUGGAACGUCUGUCGUGGAAGUCUUUUUUCUGUUUUAUGGAUGAUUUCUCCGUUUUCGGGAGUUCUUUCGAUCAAUGUCUCGGAAAUCUAAAAAGAAUGUUAAUGAGAUGUGAGGAAACUAAUCUUGUGCUUAACUGGGAGAAAUGCCACUUCAUGGUGAAAGAAGGGGUAGUUCUUGGACACAAAAUCUCUGAAGCCGGGUUAGAAGUCGAUCCAGCAAAAGUGGAUAUUAUUUCUAAACUUCCUCCCCCUACUUUGGUCAGAGAGAUUAGAAGUUUCCUGGGUCAUUCAGGGUUCUAUAGGCGAUUCAUAAAAGACUUUUCAAAAAUCGCAAGACCUAUGACCCGUUUGUUAGAAAAGGAUGCUCCAUUUGUGUUUUCAGAAGAAUGCACGAAAGCAUUCAAGCAGCUGAAACAAAGACUUAUCGAAGCCCCUUUGCACCAGAUUGGGCAUUGCCAUUUGAGAUAA